AAAUCAGUUUUAUUCGGGCUGUCGUUUCUCGCCCGGAUCCAAAUCUUCGGAUAUAAGUAAUUGGUAAAUAAUUUAGUUCGCUAAAUUCGGAGAAGGAAAUAUGUAUCCGUAUAGCGUAUCGACCCACUAUACAUCACUAAAAAUCUCAAUCUAAAAUAUCUGCGAUUUCCUUUAAAAAAAUAGAAAAAUCUAAAAAAAAGAAAAAUCUUCUCACCGUGCUCUCUCUCCUUAUCUCUUCACGCGCGCUACGCAGAAUUUUUCUUCUGGCUUCGUUAUAUCCUGGCCGCCGUGUUGAUUCCUGCUUAUCUUCAACGCCGGCCAACCUCACUUCCCAUGGCCGUCCUCUACCUCUCGGCUCUCUGUUGGCCGGUGUUCCUCUCCUCCUCACGGCGCCUCCUCUGCUCCAGCUCGGCCCCGCCCUGCGUGCGCUGCUCCCUGGCGCUCCUCCUCCUUUCUCCCAACCGCGCGUCCCUCCCAUGGCUGCCUGCGCCGCGCGCCCUGCUCCUCUGCACGCAGCCGCGUUCCUCUACCGACCAUCCAUUUCCCUGCCGAGGUUUCGCCCAGCCGUCCUUCCUUUCUCUCAACUCCGGCUGCGCUGUUUCCAUGCCUGGCCGCAUCGAGCUCGGGGCCUGCUCGCUGUCCUUCAGCUCACGCCCGGCCCAGCUCGGAUCUCGCUCCAGUUCGCCGUUCCCCCUUCCUUGCCGUGGAAGCUGGCCACUGCUGCUCGGCUUCUCUGGUGCGCGCGAUUUGCCGGCCAGGUCCCCUCACCUGUGGUCUCCUCGCCGCGUGUUCUGGCCGUCGACCUCGCUUGGCCCUGUAUCGUUAGGCUAUUCAAUCAUGGUCGCUGCCGCGGGCGCUUGUCCCUGAUGCACAUUGCGCGGUAUUUGGAUCACGCCGAUUGACUCCCGCCUUACGUCGUGUUGUGUGCCGGCUUUCCCUCGCGGUAGACCACGCCGUCGUAUAACCUUGUUCGCUUCGCGGCAUCACCAUCGUCAUCUGCCAGCUCCAUCACUGACCUUUCCUAGUAUUUUUUCCCCAACACCGAGUCUCUCUGACCUUACUGCUCAUCGGUGCAAUUUGUGUGCGUGGGUGAAGAAAGCGAGGCCCGUGUGCAUCGCUCAUCAAGUGCUUGGCCAAAGACUUCAAUCGAAGGUCGUCAUCGUUCAUGUGAUGAUUGAGUCAAAUUACAAUAUAGUGAGUUGAUUCGCUAUUUCUAUUAUUAGUUCGAUCAUUGGAUUAGCUAGAUUUAUUAGUCGUGAUAAUUCUCGUGUUUAGCAGGCGUGUUGUGUGAUCAGCUCCAUAUUCUUACUAUUUUAGGUAUUCUGCUCUGUUGCGUCAUUCUUAAAUAAAUUGGAAGCGAGUAGCGUUAGCGAGCCAGUUUCAGUCGAAAUACGAGAAGCCCCAUGAUAAAGUCAAUGAUUUUAUCGGGUAGUUAUUGUAUUCUAUAUUUAGUAAUAGACUGAGUGUCAUGGAUGAA